GAUAUAUAUAAAGCCACCCCCCCUUUCGGGCUUGAAAUUAAAGCUUGAUCUCUGAUCGGCCAUGGCGAAGCCAAGCGCACAAAUUAGAGCCCUUCCUUUGAAGGCCAAGGAGCUGUCCAUCUCCGUCCUCGUCAUCUCUCUGCCGUUGCUCUACGUCUCCCUCCUCCACGUCCCCCCUUCCUCCCUCUUCACUGACACCACCUUCUGGUUCCUCAUGUCCAAUUCCCUCAUCUUCAUUGUGGCUGCUGACUCCGGCAUCUUCUCCUCCCCGGCGGGCGCCGCUGUCGCUUCCGGAGAGGUUCUCCACGAUGAGUACGUCAUGCACCUCAAGGACAGUGGCAGUACUGUUGCCUUGGUCGUCAUGAAGGAGGAGCGGAAGGAAAUAGAGCAAGAACUAAUUGGGAGGAGUGUAGUUGUGCAUCAGACUUCACUCCCUCCGGAUCCAUUGGAACAGAAUCCGGACGAUGCGGUUGGAGAGAACCUCGAGGAAAUGGAAGAGCCAGAUGCGAAGAGUGUAGUUUUGCUACAGGAUUCGGUAGAAACAGAGGGUAGCGAGAGUGAUCAGUAUUCCAGCAUGUCGGACGAGGAGCUCAACAAGAGAGUGGAAGAGUUUAUUACGAAGAUUAACAGGGAGAUUAGGCUUCAACAGAUCAGGAAUUAAUGAAUUGAGUUUUGUGUGUAGAAGUAGAACGGAGGAGUUUAGUUGUUCAAAGUUGGUGCGUGUUAGUUUCAGGA